CUGAAUGAUCUAAUGGAGUCCAAGGGUGGGAAAAAGAAGUCUAGUAGUAGUAAAUCUUUGUUCUACGAAGCUCCUCUCGGUUACAGCAUUGAAGACGUUCGACCUCACGGUGGAAUCAAGAAAUUCCGAUCUGCUGCUUACUCCAAUUGUGUCCGAAGACCAUCCUGAGUUUCGUGAAGUUUUGACUUAA